GAAGUUGAUCAUUGAGGGCUGUGAUAAUUUGGAAUAUCUAUUCACAUCUUCUGUGGCUAGAGAUCUGGUAAUGCUUGAACACCUUGAAAUAGGGGGAUGCAAGAAGAUGGGAAAGGUUCUUCUUACAGAGAAUGUAGAAGAAAAUGGGAAUUUGAUUUUCCCUCAACUGAGGAUUCUAGAGAUACAAGGCCUUCCAAAACUAGAAAGAUUCUGCCACGGCAAUUACAUCAAAUUCCCUUGCCUUUCGCAACUUUUGAUCAUGAGCUGCCCUGUAUUAAAGACGUUCAUCUCAUCAAGCUCUAGUUUUGACACUGGUAUACUUCCUCUAUUUGAUGCAAAGGUGACAUUCCCCGAACUUGAGCAACUAACGAUUGAAUUUAUGGAAGGCUUGGACAAGAUAUGGGACUACCUACUUGAUACAAGUUCUUUUUGCCAACUAAAUUAUCUUAGUGUGAAUUCAUGUAACAAGCUACUAAAUAUUUUCCCAUUUAGUAUGCUGGAAAGGCUUCAGAGACUAGAUAAGUUAGAGAUACGAAGCUGUAAUUCACUUGAAGAGAUAUUUGAGUCUCAAGGGCUUGAUGCUGGCCAAUCACAAACUCAAAAAUUCAUGCCACCAACUUUGAUGGAAUCUUGUGCAAAGCUCGUGUUUCCAAAAUUGACACAGCUAGAUCUUUAUUUUCUGCGCAAACUAAGGGCCUUAUGCCAUCAAGUGCAUGCUACUGAAUGGCCAUCAUUGAAAAGACUGACGGUCCUUGGAUGUGAAAAACUACAGAUAUUUGCUUCAGAACUCUCAAGCUUCCCAAGAACAAAUGGAGAUGACCAACUUGAAGUUCCUUUUUUCUGGACAAGCAAGGCUACAUUCCCUUGUCUAGAAGAACUGGAAUUGAAUAAGAAUGAUAUUAUGAAGGAGAUAUGGCAUGGACAAUAUCCAGGGGAUUAUUUUCCCAAACUAAAAGUUCUUAAACUCAUCCAAUUACCUGAGCAAUCAGUUGUCCACCCUUUCCUCUUUCAGUCACCAAAUCUUGAAAGGCUUGUUGUUAGUGAAGCUUCCUUUCUUGAACUAUUCCAGUGUCAAGGACUUGGUGAUAAGGCAAAACCUGCACUUGCACUUACUGAGUCAAGUGAAUUAAGAUUAUCUGAACUUUUGGAAUCAGUUUUCUAUAACCUGAAAACCCUGGAAGUGUUACAGUGUAGCAACUUAAAGAAUUUGGUGCCAUCCUUUGUAUCUUUCAAGAAUUUGACAACUUUGGAAGUAUCUGCAUGUCAUGAACUCAUAAAUUUAAUUGAAUACUCAACAGCCAAAAGCAUGGUGCAGCUCACAAAAAUGAGUAUAAGUAAAUGUCAAAUGCUAAAAGAAAUUGUGGCGUGUGUGGGUGAAGAAGUUAUGGAUGGCAUUGCUUUCAGCCAACUCAAGUAUUUGCUACUUCGUGGUCUACCAAGACUAGCAAGCUUUUGCUCAAGGAAUUGUGGCUUUGAACUUGCAUCUUUGGAAGAAGUAAUUGUGAUGGGUUGCCCAAAUAUGCAGAUCUUCUCUCGAGGGGAAUGUAGCACCACUAAUAAACUGCAAAAAGUGAAAUUGACUCUGGAUGAAGAUGAAGGGUUCUGGGAAGGCAACCUGAACUCCACCAUAAAAAGGAUGUUCACAGAAAAGGCUGGAUGUUAUGGGUUGGAGGAUUUGAAACUCUCCGAAUUUCCUGAAUUGAUUGAAAUUUGGUACAUGAAGCCUCAAGAAAACUUGCCUUUCAAAAGGCUUAAAUUUCUAGAAGUUUGUAAUUGUAGCAAUUUGACAUACCUUCUAAACCCUUCCAUGGCUUUGGGCCUUGUACAAUUGGAUGCUCUGAAAGUCACAAACUGUGCCAUGAUGGAGCAAGUGAUAACUGGAGAAGGAGCUGAGGAGAUGUUUCCUCUGCUAAACUCUAUUCUUUUGGAGUCUUGUUCCAUCUUGACAUGUUUCUAUGAGGGAAGCACUAGGUUGAAGUUUUCAAGUCUAAAACAAAUUACUGUAGCUUACUGCCCAAAUUUGUUGACAUUUGCUUCUUCAUUUUCAAGAGAGCAAGGGACAGAGAUGACUGCCAAUGGCAAAGGAAGUGAACAAAGGCCUGAAACCUCUAUUCAACCGUUCUUCAGUGAAGAGGUUGUGUUACCAUGCCUAGAGGAGCUGCAAUUACGUUGGAUGAAUGUUAACAUCAAAUGGCACACUUCAAUAACAUAUUUAUGUGUGGAGAAACUAAAGAAAUUGAUCAUUCAAGGCUGUGAUAAUUUGGAGUACUUAUUCUCAUCUUCUGUAGCUAGAGGUCUAGUGAUGCUCAAUCGAGUUGAAAUAAGGGAAUGCAAGAGGAUGAGAGAGAUUAUUGUCACAGAGAAUGCAGAAGAAAAAGAGGAUUUAAUUUUUCCUCAAUUGAACUUCCUAUUACUAAAAGACCUCCAAAACAUUGUUGGAUUCUACUCAGGGAAUUGUAUUGUUGAAUUCCCAUCCUUAAGGCAAUUGCAAGUAUUGAACUGCCCAAAGUUGGAAGGAUUCAUUGUUAAACAUUUUGCAAGCACAAAUGUCAUUGCUGACAAACAACCACUCUUCAAUGAACAGGUUGCUUUUCCCAACUUGGAAAGUCUGACUCUUACCCACUUGAAAAACUUGGAUAUCAUAUGGCACAACCAAUUCCAUGCAGAUUCCUUUGGCAAACUAAAGUCAUUAAUGGUUAGUGAUUGUGAGAAGUUAUCCACUAUUUUUCCAUCUGUUGAUAUGCUGGGAAGAAUAUGGAAAUCCCUAGAGGAGUUAAUUAUAUCUGAUUGUGGGUCGUUAGAAGUGGUAUUUGGAAUUGCCGAGUUUAAUGUCAAACAAACACAUGCUAUAAUAGACACCAAGUUGAGAGAAUUGAAUAUUGAUGGUCUACCAAGAUUGAAGUAUGUGUGGAAUAAGGAUCCCCAAGGAAUACUCACUUUCCACAGCUUGGAAUUAGUAGUUAUAGAACGUUGUGACAGACUCAAAUUUUUGUUUCCAGCUUCAAUAGGCAAAAGCCUUUCGCAACUUCAAAAGCUACAUUUAGCGAAGUGCGGGGUGGAGGAAAUUGUUACAAUGGGAGAACAAGGAAUUGAAGCAAUUGUUAACUUUGAAUUUCCUCGACUGUCAAGUCUUAAGCUUGGGUGGCUACCAAGACUCCAAUGUUUCCAUCCAGGGAAGCACACGGCAGCGUGGCCAAAAUUAAAAAAGUUCCACUUUUCCCUUUUCAAUCAAGUAAAGAGAACAGAUGGCAGUUGGCAACUUGAUUUCCCUGUACGACUGCCACUUUUCUCCAUAGAGAAGUGCCCCAAAUUGAUGAUCUUUAAUGAGGGUGACCUAAACACACCACUACUGCAGAGAGUAGAAUUAAUUGAAGGAGAGGACAACUGGCGUUGGGAAGGUGACCUUAAUACCACCAUACAAAGAAUGUAUAUGGAAGAGGUUGGAUUUGCUGGGUUACAACUUUUGAUGCUGUCAACUUUUCCCAAGUUAUUGGAAACAUGGCAUAUCAAGAAUCCUCAAGAACUCUUAGAUUUUAGACAACUUCGAGUACUGGAAAUUUGUGAUUGUAGCAAGUUCAGAAAGUUGUGUGUUGAGGGUUGUGGUAAUUUGGAAUAUCUAUUGACAUCCUCCAUGGUUAAGAGUUUUGAGCAACUAAAUUGGCUCAAGAUUUGUGAUUGCAAUAUGAUGGAAGAGGUAAUACUUGUAGAAGAAUCAAUGGAUGAGGAAAAGAUGUGCAAGACUUUCUUCCCUAACCUGGAGUUCCUACUGCUCCAAGACCUUUCAAAACUCACAAGAUUUUGUUUUGGAAAUCACUUGGAAUUACCAUGCCUUUGGAAACUUAAGAUAAGCAAGUGCCCUGUGCUAAAGACUUUCAUCUCUAGCCCUUUUUUUGGAGACAUGAUAGCUAGUUCUGAAAAUGUCAAAAACACUUGUGCACUUUCUCUAUUUGAUGCAAAGGUGGCAUUCCCCAAAUUAGAGCAUUUGGUAAUUGAACAUGUGAAGAGCUUGAAUAAGAUCUGGAAAGACCAGCUUGUAGUAGAUUCUUUUUGCCAACUAACUUUGGUGAGCGUGGUUUCAUGUGAAAAGUUAUUGAAUAUUUUCCCAUUUAGUAUGUUGGAAAGGCUUCAAAGACUAGACAAGCUCCAAAUAUGGAACUGUGAUUCACUUGAAGAGAUACUUGAGUCCAAUGAUCCCGCUGUUAGCCAAUCACAAACUCGAAAGGCCACUCCGCUACCUUUGUUGGAAACCGCCACAUGCUUGGAGGAUGAUGUGAAGGAUGAGAUUGUCUUUAGCAAACUCAAGUAUUUGCAACUUUGUGGUCUGCCUAGACUUUCAAGCUUUUGCUUGGUUAAAUGCAAGUUUGAGUUCCCAUUUUUGGAAGAUGUGAUUUUGAUGGAUUGUCCAAGUAUGCAGACUUUCUCCAUGGAUGAAAUAAGAACACCAAAACUACAAAAAGUAAAAUUGACUAGAGAUGAAGAUGAAGGCUUUUGGGAUGGCAACCUAAACUCGACCAUACAAUUACAAUUCAUGCAAAAGAGUCAAGGUGAUUCUGAAAUUGAGAUCAAAGAAAUUGCGGCUCAUGUCCUUUCCAAGUGAAAUUUGAUGGUCUGAAUGGUGUACGCAUAAAUUGGAUGUGAAGUUGUCACAUUGCUUGGUGGCCAGAAUGUUACCUCACUAACUAAUAUUGAUCCCUUUUUUCUACCACAAAAAAGAAAAAAAAAAAAAAAAGACAGAUAUUUUCUAUUUCUCGAACUCAUGUGCAACUUGUAACUUGUAUUAUUAAAUUCAUGCAAAGACC